ACUAUGAUGCGCAAGGUCCGGCACGCAAAAUAUCGCCCACCAAGCGCACAGGGGCCAAUCAUCUUCUUCCAUUGCGAGUGAUUGCGAGCCUCAUUUUUUGUUGCGAGGGGCAGGAGCCAUGGGGAGCACAGGAGCUCUCAUCUUCAAACCCCAGCUCAACAAUAACACCUUUUGUUUCAAAUGCUUGAACUCAAUUGCCUCGUCAAAACCUAUUUUGAACAUCAAGCAAAGGAGGCCCAAGUUGCUGGGAUUCUCAAAUAAGAAGCAUUUCAAGAAAUUCAGCAGAAUAGUUUGCUCUGCUGUCGAAGAUGUUGCUGAUAAGCAGCGGGAGAUUAGCAGUGGCAGUCUUAAUGGAGCUGGACCUGCUGUGGAGGAAAGGCUUGAUUCCAGCGAUGAGUCAAGUGAAAACCCUUUUCUGAACAAUAAGGUAGAUGAUGGAGGAAAUUCUAUUUACAAUUUUCUUUAUCCUAGUAAAGAGCUACUCCCAGAUGAUAAGGAAAUGAGUAUAUAUGACCAUUUAGAGGAAUUAAGAGACAGAAUCUUUGUAUCUGUUUUGGCUGUUGGAGCUGCUAUAGUUGGUUGUUUUGCUUUCUCAAAGGAUCUCAUUAUGUUUCUUGAAGCUCCAGUUAGAGCAGAAGGUGUUCGGUUUUUACAAUUAGCACCUGGCGAAUUUUUCUUCACGUCUCUGAAGGUGUCAGGAUACUGUGGGCUUCUGUUGGGAAGCCCAGUAAUCCUCUAUGAGAUCAUAGCUUUUGUUGUUCCAGGUUUAACAAAGGCAGAGAGAAGAUUUCUGGGGCCAAUUGUUCUGGGGUCAUCAAUCCUUUUCUAUACUGGCAUCCUCUUCUCUUACUAUGUUCUUACUCCAGCAGCCUUGACAUUCUUUGUUACCUAUGCGGAAGGCGUUGUUGAGUCGCUUUGGUCUAUCGAUCAGUAUUUUGAGUUUGUCCUUGUGCUUAUGUUUAGCACAGGAUUGUCUUUCCAGGUUCCAGUUAUACAACUGCUUCUUGGACAACUUGGUUUGGUUUCAUCGGAUCAAAUGCUGUCAAUUUGGAGAUAUGUGGUGGUAGGUUCAGUGGUUGCAGCUGCUAUACUCACACCAUCAACCGAUCCUCUUACUCAAAUGCUCCUGGCAGGCCCCCUUAUGGGUCUUUAUUUGGGUGGUGCUGGUAUUGUUAAGGUUCUUGGCCGAUGAGCUUUUGGCAGGCAAACAGAAACAACUUGCUCCUCAGAUUCCCCUAUACAAGCUCUAUACAGCUAGUAAGACGAGUGGCCUGGGAAACGAUUUCCUUUUGUUGAAUAUAUACGAAACUAUCCUGUACCUAUUAUUGUUUUUGUGACUUUACAGUUUUUGUAUAAGGUAGUUUUAGUUCAAUUUCAAGUUCUCGGAGUGCUGUCAUAGAAAAUGUAUACAGCUCUUGUAGAAACAUGGGAGUCUUGAACAACUAAGCAGUCCAAUUAAGUUGGUUGGUGCGUA